GGAACAGCUCUGACCUGUACGGUGAUCAGACCUGGAGAGGAGAGACACCUGGUCCAACAAGGUGAUGGACGGCUGAAAGGACGAAUAACCAGACGAAGAAGACGAGACAAACAAUGGAGACGAGCCGCCACAGGAGCCUGAAGGGAAAGCUUCAGGUGGAACAGCUCUGACCUGUACGGUGAUCAGACCUGGAGAGGAGAGACACCUGGUCCAACAAGGUGACGGACGGUUGAAAGGACGAAUAACCAGACGAAGAAGACGAGACAAACAAUGGAGACGAGCCGCCACAGGAGCCUGAAGGGAAAGUAUUUUGUAUAUAUCAGGUGAGCAGUGGGACUUGUCUUCAGCUUCAGGUGGAACAGCUCUGACCUGUACGGUGAUCAGACCUGGAGAGGAGAGACACCUGGUCCAACAAGGUGAUGGACGGCUGAAAGGACGAAUAACCAGACGAAGAAGACGAGACAAACAAUGGAGACGAGCCGCCACAGGAGCCUGAAGGGAAAGCUUCAGGUGGAACAGCUCUGACCUGUACGGUGAUCAGACCUGGAGAGGAGAGACACCUGGUCCAACAAGGUGACGGACGGUUGAAAGGACGAAUAACCAGACGAAGAAGACGAGACAAACAAUGGAGACGAGCCGCCACAGGAGCCUGAAGGGAAAGUAUUUUGUAUAUAUCAGGUGAGCAGUGGGACUUGUCUUCAGCUUCAGGUGGAACAGCUCUGACCUGUACGGUGAUCAGACCUGGAGAGGAGAGACACCUGGUCCAACAAGGUGAUGGACGGUUGAAAGGACGAAUAACCAGACGAAGAAGACGAGACAAACGAUGGAGACGAGCCGCCACAGGAGCCUGAAGGGAAAGCUUCAGGUGGAACAGCUCUGACCUGUACGGUGAUCAGACCUGGAGAGGAGAGACACCUGGUCCAACAAGGUGACGGACGGUUGAAAGGACGAAUCACCAGACGAAGAAGACGAGACAAACAGUGGAGACGAGCCGCCACAGGAGCCUGAAGGGAAAGUAUUUUGUAUAUAUCAGGUGAGCAGUGGGACUUGACUUCAGCUUCAGGUGGAACAGCUCUGACCUGUACGGUGAUCAGACCUGGAGAGGAGAGACACCUGGUCCAACAAGGUGAUGGACGGUUGAAAGGACGAAUCACCAGACGAAGAAGACGAGACAAACAGUGGAGACGAGCCGCCACAGGAGCCUGAAGGGAAAGUGACGAGAGCAGCCAGGAGCUGAAAGUGUGGGCAGAGGAACAGGCUGCUGAGGACCAGCUGGACAACAGGUUUCUGAACUGAAUCCUGACUUUCUGUCAUCGAGUUCUGUGGACUGACAUGUUGUCUGGUUGGUGCUCGGCCCGGGACAGGAAGGCUCAGCAGCAGGUGAUCCAUCCAUCCACAGAGCACCAGUGACCGAGGAGAGGUGAGGUGUCUGCUCAGAGCUCAAACAAUACUGAAAAGACUAACAGAACCAGAAGGAACCACUUCUGUCUUCAGGCUGAGAGACUCCUGAACAUCCCCAACAACACAGACUGCUUUGGUUUCUGUCCGUCUGUGAGGAAGCAUUAAACGAGUCAAACUGAUUUUACAAGCCUGGUGUUGUCAAAUGUUUUCUGUCAGAUCAAUAGGAAAUGUUGCGCUGCUCAAACAGACUCACACUCUCAAACGCAAGAGCGCCACCGACCUUCAGAAGCUCCGUGUUCAAUUCCAAACUUAUUGUCUGCAGGAGAACAAACAGAACCAGUUGGGUCAACUCGCUGCGUCAACCCUCCAUCGUUCCCGAUCCACAUCAGUUCACUCAGAAUCUCCCGUCGCUCACAGCGGAACAUUCUGCGAGGCGGUGCAGUCCAGAGCGUCCAACCAGGAGACGCUGCUGCGUGGAGACGCCGAUCCGUCCUCAGACUCUGGGAACGACGGCACGCGGGGGACGCCGGCUGCAGGUGAGCCGGCCACACCGACGACUGCUGUGAUCAAAGUGGAGGACGAAGACGAGUCCUGGUCUCAGUCUGAGCGGGACAAAGAGUUUCAUCAUGUCGGACAGACGACAGGGACAGAAGCUCCGCCCCCAGUGACCAAACAGGAGGCAGCAGGUGAAGGUGGUAGUUCGACUCCGUCAUGGAUGACCGAGGAAGUCAGCUCCACCUCCAUGUCUGUACAGAAAACACUGACCAGCAGCCUGAGGUCAGAGAGCAGCAGUUAUGACUGUCUGAUGUACGAGCCACCGCUUCAGCACGGCUCCCUCACUACCCAGAAUCCUUUGAGUGAGGAUCCCGGCUGCUCGUAUGUGUUGAACGCUGGCGCGAGUGUCCCGGCUGCGUCCGACUCCGGCAGCAGCUUCACUUUCAGCGUCAGAGAAGUGACUCAGCCUGCAGCAGAGCGGCAGCUGCCUGCAGGCUUCCAGAACCACCAGCAGAGGGCGCCGAUAUCUGCAGACCACCCGCAGCAGCCUCCGGUGAGGAAGGUGGUGCCGGAGAGACAGAACGCUUUCAUCAGACGGGACAGGUGGAGGCAUCAGGGUGGUGUGAACAGGGCAGCGGGUCUCAGCCGGGGGGACGGCGGGGGGAGGACGUUCGCCUGUAACUUUUGUGGUAAAACUCUGGCCUGCCUGAAGAACCUGAAGACCCACAUGAGGGUCCACACGGGCGAGAAGCCCUUUGUCUGCGAACUCUGCGGCAAACGCUUCUCUGACUCCAGCAACCUGAAGCGCCACCAGAGCGUGCACACCGGAGAGAAGCGCUACAGCUGCGUGCACUGCGGGAAACGCUUCGCCCAGUCGGGAUCCCUGAAGGUGCACAUGACGGUGCACACGGACUGCAAGCAGUUCAGGUGUUCGCACUGCGGCAAGACCUUCAUCUCCGGCAGCCACCUGCGCCGCCACGUCACCGUGCACGCGGGAGAGAAACGGUUCGCUCCAACGGUUCAGUGACAGGGUGAGAAUGAAGUCAGCAGGUCAGAGGUCAGACCCACAGGAUCCAGGUGGACUGAAGAACAGCCCGGCCUCCUCAACGUCUUGUUUCCCCUAAAGGAGUCAAAAAAAGUCUUCUCACGUUGCAGCGAGAUCAGCACGCAGUAGAGCGCAUACCUCCGCCAAGGCCCAACAUCACCAACACACACCAGCUACUAAAAAACUGAGACCUUGAACAACAUUUGAGGCGCCCGACUGUAUUUAUGUAGUUUUCAUCACGUGUCAUAAACCUUCUCGAGAACCUGAAGUUUUUGCACCUGCUUUGUCUGAAAAUGGAUGAAAUUACCAUAACAGUUCAAAAACACCAGGCAAAAUUUGGUGUAUUUUUAUGUCAGAGUAGUUUUUUAUUAUUAUUUAUAAAAAAUGUACUUUGUUACUUUUUUUUUCCUAUCUCCAUCUUACAUGUAUUGUAUUUCCAUCCUCAGCGAUUUACAGUAAAACACAGUUGUAAUCUCAAAUUUAAUUUACUGAUCACUGGUGACUUCAGAACAUGAUGGUGUGAUCUCGUUCCCUACGGAGCCUCUGAGGGUCCAAACAAGCGUGUGACACCUGCUGAAACUCACGUUUACAUGAGUGUUUAGAGAACAUGAUGGUGGGUUAGUGGUUGAGAAGAUUCCAAACAGUUUAGAUCAGAUAUCUGUUGAACGCAGCCACACAGACGCGCCGCUUCAUGUCUUUAACUCUCUGCAGACACUUUGAGGAGAUCAUUAGUUCUGUUGAGGAUGUGAUCCUGUUAACACUUUCACUACUUCCUCUUUGCUCAUGCAGUUUCCACAUGAAAUCGUGAUUUGAGACAUUUUGUUUCACAUCACUGAUCUGAGUGGGAGACUUCUGUCGCCUCACGCUCACUCAUUUAAAAACAACAGGAACAUGUUUCAGACGUGUUAAUGUUUGAAGUCGCGCUCUGAUGUUUCACCCUUCGCUCCUCCUGCUCUCUGAUCCCGAACCCUCUGGAAGAACUAAAAAUGUUUGCAGAUGAGUGAAGAGAAGAUUGACUCACCUCAUCAGCAGCAUCUGCUCGGCUCAGCAGGUGAAUUCACUGAUCACUUCCUGCCGUCUCCACCUGUGGGUGGAGUCUGGAGCCGGUGUUAAACCUGCAGGCAUCAGACGAUCUCAGAGCGUAACGUCACCUGACAUUAUUCACCCCUCCGUCAUCAGUUAUACAAUGAAAAAUACUUUACACGUCUUAUUUUUGCUGCUUCAUCAUGUUUGGAGAAAAGUCUGCAUGCUUGUCUGAACGUGUCCUGUUUCUGUCUUCAACUGUCGGGUUUUUAUUUUUAGACUUUUUUUAUGAUCAUUGUGUCAUUUUGUAAUAAAAGAACAUUCAUGUCGGAUCCAAAUAAAAGUUAAAUAAAACA